CAAACACCAACAAAAACAGGGUAAUAUUAUUUUAGAUAAAAAAAAACGUAAAUCAGCAUAACAAUAUCAUUGGAAAAUCUCAGUCUCGUGUCUCAUCUUGGUCCACCAGGUCAAGAGACACCAGGACUAAGUUUAUGUGUUUAUUUUCAUUGCUCUAAUUAUAUUUAAUAAUACAAAGUAUUAUAUUUAAUUUAAAAAUAAAUAUAACAGUUGAUAAUUAAUUUUGAAAUAAAUAUCAAUUAAAAAAAAUAAAUAUAAUUAAUCAUGGAUCCAGAGGCAUUUUUGGAUAUGGCUAAUCAAGUCGUUAAAUUAAAAAUGUAUCCAUAUUUUGAUAUUGCCCAUUGUGUACUAUGUGCUUUACACGUCAGAGAAGAUUUAGGACCCGGGGCACAAGCAUUUUCUAGAAAACAUCCAAUGUCAUGUUGGCUAUCUUAUAUGCUGGUGGUAUUUGCUGGUGGUAUGCUAUGUAAUGGACUACUUGGAGAACCAAUUAUUGCACCACUUAAAAAUACUGGUCAAAUAAUUGUUGCAUGUGCAGUCUGGUAUGUUAUUUUUUAUACUCCAUUUGAUAUUGGAUAUAAAAUUGCAAAAUUUUUACCAGUUAAAAUUGUUUGUUCAGCAAUGAAAGAAAUAUACAGGUGUAAAAAAGUUUAUGAUGGUGUAACACAUGCAGCUAAAAUUUAUCCAUCUGCUUAUAUUAUCAUGGUAAUCAUUGGAACAUUGAAAGGAAAUGGAGCUGGAUUUACAAAAUUAUUUGAAAGACUCAUGAGAGGAGUUUGGACACCAACAGCAAUGGAAUUUAUGCAGCCAAGUUUCCCAACAAAAGCAUCGAUGGUUGCUUCGAUUAUAUUUGUUCUUGAUAAAAAGACUGAUUUUAUCUCAGCACCACAUUCACUUGUUUACUUUGGAAUUGUAAUAUUCUUCGUUUAUUUCAAGUUGUCUUCAAUCUUGUUGGGAAUACAUGAUCCAUUUGUACCAUUUGAAAAUUUAUCUUGUGCUUUAUUCCUCGGUGGAAUUUGGGAUUCACUUGCCAAAUUAAUGGGACGUGGACAAGUCAAAGACGAAAAAACCGAAUCAAAAAAGACAAAUUAAAUUAUUAAAAAUUAAUAAUAAUUAAAAGAAAAUUUCUUUUUUUUUUUCUUUAGUGAUAAUAAAUCUAGUCAAGUUUCAAGUAUUUUAAACAUAAAAACAAUGCAAAAGAUUCUUCAAAUAUUAUACUAAAGGGAAAAAAAAAAAAUUUAUGAAUUUUUAAUAAUUAUCAGCUUCCAUGUCAUCAAUGACUUGCAGCAAGACAUCUUGCCAUCAUUAUAAAUCAAAAUUUUAAUACUUAAUUAAUCGUUAAAGUAAAAAAACAAAAAUAAUUGUCAAAAAUAUUUUUGUCAUGUGAUACAGAAUUUUGGAAUAUUUAAUAAUUAAUUCUGUUGUAAUAUCAUGAAUUAUAUUUACAACUUGAUACUUAUAAUAAAGAUAAUUUUUCUGCACUUGUAAAUUUAUAUAAAAUACAAUUUUUAUGAUAAAAUAUUUUUCAUUAAAUAUCAAGUUAUAUAAAUCAAAAAAAAAAAAUUUGUAUAAUUAGCAAAAGAUCCAAAGAUUCAUGUCACUGAUACUGGUAAAGUUCAAAUAAAUAAAAAAAAAUGAUAAACAAUAUAAAA